UUUGCCUCCAGCAUUUAUAAUGGUGUUAAGUAUAAAAACAAGUGUGCUUAAUUUAUUGGGGGCAGGGGUCGCACUCAGAGGCUUGCUGUGUGAAAGGGGUUGCUGGAAAAAAAGUUUGAGACCCACUGCCUUUGAGGAUUUGGGCCUGUAUCCUUACAUCAUCCUGGCUCCUGAAAUAGUAAGAAAACCAGACACACUAUGGACAGGGAAUGUUCUCAGCUCCUACCGUCGGUUUGUGCAGUUCUAGCAGACUCAAGGCAACUUGUUGCAGAUGACACCUUUCUAGAGAAAUUUCUGGACUGGUUUAAGACUCUGACUGAAACAGAAUCUAGCCUGCUGCUGUUACAGGAGAAUCCAUGCUUGACAGAGCUCAUCAUGUGCGUGCUGAAACUGAAGGAUCCAAGUUCUAGCACUCUUUCCUUUAUUCUGAGAUUAACAGGGAUAUUUGCAGCCUCUGAAAGCUGCUUCCAGUAUUUACAGCAGAGGGAGCUGUUGAUCAGUCUCUUUGGAGAGGUGGGGCCUCUCAGCAGUGCUCUGUGGGAAGAGGCAUCUGUGCGAAGCGGCUGGGUCCAGGGGGUGUACAGCAUGGUGCAGCACCAGAGCGCCCUCCAUUUUUUGUGCAACUGUGGAGCCAUAGAUGUGAUCUUCACUCUGCAGGGAGACCCCAGCCUGUUUGUGGCUUCAGCUGCCAAUCAGCUUGUAGUGCACGUGCUCACCUUCUCUCUACAGUCGUUCCAGACAAAACCUGUAAAUAUAAAGGACUGUGAUUGGCCAAUAUGUGCUCAAAAGCUUAUAGUGCACAUUGAAGAGUCCCUUAAUUCCAACUCUGCCUCUCAUAUCAAGCAAUCCUUGAAGCUGCUAACCAGUGUGUUUGCAUGCUGUCAUGAUCUGUGGACUGAAGUACUUUGGUCACAGCUAUCAGAGCCAAUUGUAUAUCUUUUGGACGAGGAGCCAGUCCACACCGGGCACUUACUGGUGGACCUUUUCCUGAGCAUGGCAAGGUCUCCUGUGUUUAGCUGUCCUGAAUGUAGCCUGUGGACAUCAGUAACAUGUGCUCUGGAGCACUUAAACCCAGCUCAAGUUGGUUGUUUGGCAGCGGGAGUACUGAAACUUCAGGAAUGCCCACAGGCAGUAAGGAUCCAAGCUCUGAAUGUUCUGCUUCAACCAAUGGACUGUGUUCUGAAAGCAGCCUCCCAAUCCUUGGAAUACCCAGGUUUGCUGAAUAGGUCUGUGAAUGAUUCUGCCACUGUUGAAACUCUUCUGUCCUGCAGAUCCUCUUGUGCUAGCCUCCUGUGUCAGACGUUGGCUCAUCUGGAGGAGCUGCAGUACCUGACCUGCUUGCCAGUGGAUUUGCCCCAUAUACCUUUGCUACAGUCUGUAGUGACAAUACUGCAAUUCUGUAUUGGCCUUGCGAUUCCAGCAUCCUGUCUGGGAAAAAAGAUCAGUAGAAUCCUGAUUGGUUGCUUCAGAGUUCAGCGGUCAGCACUUGACAUCCUGGGCGUGCUGUCUCACUGGGAAAGUCACAGUGUAUUCAUGGGAAGUGUAUUUGACAUCCUCCUUGCAUACCUGAAGAGUCCAGAUACCAGUCCUACCGUUCUGAAGAAGUCAUUUCAAGCAACACUCAAAUGGCUGGUGAGUUUGUCAGAGGCACCCAGCUCCAAGGAUCGCUGGCAACAGACUGAGCAGUUUCUCCGAGAUCUGUUUCUGGUGCUGCAGAAGCGUUUGUGCAGCCCUUACUGGGAAGUACGGGACUCUGCCCUGGAAUUUAUCACCCUCCUGGUUAAGCAUCUGAGAGAGAAGGAGGGGUUCAGGCAAGUUCUCUUCUCUUCGGAGGUGCCCAAGCUCACAGAGGAUCUUCUUGAGGACCCAGAGAGUUAUGUGCGAGCAAGUGCUGUGACAGCCAUGGGACAAUUGUCCUUCCUCACCCAUCUCAUCUCAAAGAAGCCUGGCCUAGAAAAUGGAAAUCUUAAAGAGAAAAGCAUUGUAGCACAGCUUAAAGAAAUCUUAUCAACAGACUCAGAGGGCUUCCCUAGAAGAGCUGUGAUCAGUGUCUUCAGUGACUGGCUGAGAGAAGGCCACCCAGAUGUACUGACAGACACUGAGCCGUUUGUCUCCAGCGUGCUCCAAGCUGUGAACAGUGACUUUGACUGGGAAGUUAAAGCUGGUGGUUUGGAACUGGCUGAAAUUUUCUCUGCCCAGACACUUGGACGGCUUGGCCUUGCUGCAUGCCCAUAUGCUGCUGUUUUAUCCUCUGCCACCCGCUCCACUCAGAUGAGUGAGUCUCUGCAGAUAUUCUGCCAGGUGAAACUGUUUGAGUUCCUUUUUGGUGCUUUGUGUGACUGUGACAGGCCAGUGGCUCAGAAAGCCUGCGAUAUCCUCAUUGCCUUGAAAGCUGAGCUGUGUGAUGAGAGCAGCCUGAAGGAAGGAACAAGUGCAGGCUUGUCUACAGAAGCACGUGGUAUUACUUGGUUAGAAGAGACUCUGAGGAGAUGGAGUUCCUGUGCCAAGCCCUGUCCCAGAGGUGAUGCUGAUGAGGCUGGAUCCCAAGACCCAAACGGUGUGCUGCUGGUUUUGAGAACAGUGGACUUAGAAGGGCUGCACAGGUCUCUGAACAGAAGUAGUGACCACAUUGAGAAGAGCCCUCAAUCCCUCUUGCAGGACAUCCUGGCCACUGUGGGGACCUUGGAGGACAAUGAAGCUGACUGCUAUUAGUCAGUGUCAGUUUCUUCCUCAGAGAGGAAGCCAUUCCAAACCAAUAUCUGGCUGCAGGAGAAGUUACUUGCUACCCAAGAGUAGAAACCAGGCCUUGCAAAAGGGGAAACUGUGAAAGAAAGGCCCAGGAGGAGGACUCUGUCUUGGACUGGUCUGAACAGUGAGGAUGACAACUUGGUUGGCUAUCAAACGGGUUAGACAGUUAUUAGUGGCAUGUUGUCCUUGCUAGCUGUAGCCCAGAAUGCAAGGAAUUUAAAUGAGAGAGUAUUUAAGAGGUACAGCCAUGGAACUAUAAUACAAUGUAUUUUAACAAGUCAUUGUUAAAUACAGGGUCUGUAUGAAUUCAGACUCUGUAGUCACUGCCCAAAGCUUUUUUUUUUAAGUCCAAAAAAGCAUCUGUUUCAUUUUAAUAUACCCUCACGUAAAGCCACAGAAAAUUACCGCCCUCCUCCCCCCAAGUUUUAAAACUGAUUUAAAGUGCUGGUGUAAACAAGGUAAAAAAAAAUCUAUAAACCCUCUUUUACAGCCUGGUUGGUUAAACUUGCUGAAAGCUGGUUCAAGUAGACUGGUUUUAAAAGGGAUCUAUCCAUUUUUGCUUUGUCUACACUACCACUCUAAAAUCAGAGUCCCUGUUAUAGUGAAGGGCCUAGAGGCCGAGGAGAACAUUUAGGGAAGAGUCACAACAUCGGUGUUUUGAAUGUUUCCUGUAACUGUGGCAGGAGAUCAAUUAAAAAUUACAGUGGCAAAAACGUUUCUGACUUCUUCCCGCACAGGUUCCUAGGGAGAAGAUGAGAUGCGAGGUGCACUACACUUGCAUUUCAGUGACACAGGGGCAAUUGCAGUUGCUAAGCCUUCAGAGUGCUCUAGUCUCCAUUUCAGAAAAGCUGGAAUGACUCCCAGUGGGAGAAGGCAGCUUUGGCAGCUGGAGCUUUUUGAUAAAAUGUCAGUGUCAGACUUCGGUUUGCCUCAUCCAAGUCAACAAACCUCCUUAAUUAGAAAUCUAGCAGCCAUACCCAAAGUGGCAGGGCUUCUUUCUGAGGACAAUUUGACAGCUUUUAGAAAACAGCUUGGGGGAAAUUUGUAGUUUACAACUUCAGCAGCCCAAGAAGUGACACUAUAGAGGAGAGGUUUUAAUACAGUGAAACAGCAUAGCCAUGGCAACAGUGUCAAACUGUACCUAAGCCCCUUGAGCACCGAUGUGAAACUAUACCAUUCCUGGUUGGCAAGGUAAGAACACGCCAUUCAGUUUAGGCUAAUGGAGGAUACUAAGCUCUCAUCCAGCUGCAGUGUCUCAGGAGGAGAGAGUCUCAGUUCAAACACCAUCUCAUUCAUUCCCUUCUGCCAACAGCUGUGCUAGCCAGUGAAGCAGCAUCCCAAAUUCUGUCUUUUUGAACAGCUCACUGGCAGCAAUGCAGGAAGGCUAGACAUAGGUUUGACUACUUAACUGCUGAGGUUGGAAGUUUACAACAUACCCUUUAAUGAAUUCAGACAAUAAGCUUAUCUGCCACGCUGCACACAGCUUUCUACAUAAGAGCUCCAGCUCUCUUAUGGCAACUGGAAGGAGCAGCCUUUGAUGAUGAUAUACAGGCCGUGGGCUGUAUCUGACUCAAGAAAGGAAAAAAGGUAUAAGACCAAGAUGGCCAUAUCCUUACCCUACACGCCACUUGGAGAAACUGGGAGGGUUAGUCAAGAGGAGUCUGGAUAAUUUAAGGAAGCGUAGAUUGUUUUACUCAACUGCUGCAGUCUGCUGGAUGGAUUGUUAUCCAAAGCUAGCACCACACACGUUGCAGGGCAUUCUCUGACCUGUUUAAAGGGCAAGAGAGCAGGGUUAUUAGAUCCCAAUCAGGGACACUUUUUAGGUAAUGCCUUUCAUUAAAGGAAUCCAAACAACUACCCAAAGAAAGACAAGUAUAUAUUACCACCUUUUACAGGCGGGGAAGGUUAAGGACUACAACUCAGGUCUCCUGCCUCACAGGCCACUGGAUUCUACCUGCUUUGUUUCCUCAGUGUGUCACCUUUAGCUAGAAGUGAUGGUGAAGCUAAGCUGAGGGCCCGGACUUCUUGUAUUUGGAAGCAAUGCAUGAUUUAUAUGCCACCGGAGAAAGACAUACAGUCUGGAAUGAUGGACAGGGAGGGCUACUUACAUCUGCAGUGUGAAGUAGCAUCUUAUUCAUCAUCCUGUCACCUCCACUUGCAGACAGAAGGAUUAAUUUUGGAACUUUUCAUAAACAGUAUUGUACUGAAAAGCUCUCAAACUUCAGCAAUUAGGCUAAAAACAAUACUGACUUUUGCACAGCUUCCAUUUCUUCUGAUCUUUCUGUUUUGACCUCCUUUAUUGUUCUUUGCAUGUGUCUGUUCACUGCACUCUGUUCUUCAAGACUUGCAUUAGUGCUGGGAUGCUGAGACUGGAAUCACAUAUCCAACAAGAAGGGGAAGAGCUGAGCAGCAUGAAAAGCAGCAGCAUAACAGCAAAGUGGCAGGGAGGUGGAAAGAUCAAGGCAGGUGUAAAGAGCAGCAAAGAAAACCCUACUUUUGCUACUGCAGAAAAAUUCAGCUAGUGCUUAGGGAUGUUACAAAUCUUGUUUAAACCAAAACCUUAGCUGCCUGACUUGUAAAUGAACACAAUGACACAGCCAGCAACUAGUGCAUUCCCCUAGGUGCUUGUAAGGGCAGACAGCCAGCUUCAAGAGAAAUUGAAACUGAGUUCUGGCCACAACAGCCACGGGGCUCUCUGCCCCCCCCCCUUCGGUUUUUAGAGUUAAGUAGAACGUUUUCCUACUGCACCCUUGAAAAGAAAAGCCUGGUUCAUGUCGUGUCUCUGUCUCCAGAAUGGCAUAUCCUAGACUUGUUCUGGACCCCCAAGGAGUUCUGCCUUUGCUGCUGAAAAAUGCCCCAAUGCCAACAAAAAUCCAACAAGCAAAUUUAAAAUAAAUGAGCCUCCUACCUUAGUCAUCUAGUGCUAUUCUGUAAGGAGGGAGAUGAGUGCUGUGGCCUGAUCUGCCUCCUGGCAAUGGUUUACCCUUCCCUUGUACAGUGAUGUCUCCCCAGGACACUCUGGUCUCUUGGUGAGUCAGUGAGGAGUCAGGACUAUAAACCCAAACCCUUGCAGGGCUUCCAAUUUAUUGAGCAGAUUAAAGAUAAGGAAUUAGUCUUGUCCUGCAGCAAGAGCAUCAUCCCAAUCCCUGAGUAUAUUCUGGUAUAGUCUGCCAUGGUGUUGAGAAUUUAAGCAGUUUGCCUAUGUUGCCCUUCACUCCUGAGCACAGUGAUCACAGCACCUCAUGAUGUGGGCUUUUCCCAAGGAGAGUGCCUUGCUAAAUUCAUAACAGACCCCUACACUCUCACCCCCAGUGCAGAGACCAGGGUUCGGCUCAGAUAGAAUCUUCAUCAGGGCCUACAGAGCACAUACCCUGCCUGUUCAGAAAUAUGCACACUGAACACAACACCACAGAAUUGCAGGUUUUGCUAUCUAGCACAUCAUCCUCUAGGCUGGGGUAGUGGUCUCCUUAAAUUGUGUAUAUCCAGAAUACUGAGAGCAACAGCCAUCAUUCAUGCUGGGGAAGGGAUUUUGUAGGUAUGUGAACAAGAACAUGUGCUCAUCAGCAUUCAGAACACAUGUUAUGGUGGAGGGAAUCCAGCAAUGCCCACACUGCCUCGUUUUUUUGGGGGGGAGGGCCCACUGUGGAAGCUCUGUAGCUUUUAUAACUCAGAACAUUAGCUGCUGUCAUAGGGAGACUUUUCCAUACACACAAUACAACCCAUAAGCAAAAUUCCCCAUUGCCAUCAGCUAUUAAUUUGAGUAAUAACUUCAGGCUGUGGCCUGUUGUAUCCACAUUUAGAGUAUAAAGAUGCAUCAGAGCAGAAGCUUAUUUCACAGAGCUUUUUCCAAACACUUGCAGUAUAAGUCCUAUUGCAUGAUAUAUGAGGGGAUGUGAAAUUCUAUGCAUUAAGUCUUUAUUCAACAAAUUUCAGCACAGCUUGGGAGAAAGGAUUUGUCCCUUUAUUGGCUCAUGCAGAGUCACCAACAGAGAGCACAAGAAAACAAGCAUUUUUUUGCUACCACUGCACUGAGAUGUCUCUGUCUGAAGAGAACAAGCCUUGCAGAGUAUGGCUUGGAAGUCUUUGUUAGAACUGUAUUUCUUAGUAUGCAAAGCCAUUGUUUGCAAAAGCAAUUGACAAAGGCCACAACAAAGGUGUUACUGCCGAUUCCCCCUGUAUAAAUUGUAAUGCGAUUUUUCAUAGUGAAACUGCUGAACCAGUUUCCUCCCCAUAGGUGGGUGGCUUUUAAAAUGUAAUCAUCACACAUGCCUGUAGAAAUGUAUAUUCUUCACCAGAGAUCUGUUUGUAUUACAUAUAUGAGACACUUUCAAAAUGACAUUUUCCUUUAAGAGCUAUGGGUUAAUGGAACAACUGUAUUCAUUUAUGCCCUGCAUUUGACCAGUGAAUACAAUUGUUAAAACUGUG